AUGCUAGUCAGUAACAACGACGAGGAGCCCGAGUCGGCCCUCGCUGAGGCGAAUCUAAUGCCGAAUAGUAAGGCGCCGGGCGACGAUGUGGGAGCUGAACUAGCCUACGAGCUGGCGGCCAAAUUGCGGUGGAAGGAGCAACCCAACGAUUCAUCGAAUGAAGACGAAGCCGAGGACGACGACCUGCCCAUGCUCGAGAGCAGCCGCACGUCCUGUGCGACGCCACAGGCGCCAAUUAUGAUCAUGUCGACGGUGGACGAACCAGUGGAUCGCUUGAGCGACAGUGUGCCUGAAGGGGAGCUGCACGUCUGGGUGUACGAAGCUCGACAACUUAACGCGUCAUGGCCAAUGAAAGACGCUUUGUAUGAUAAACACGGGCUGCGUGUUAGGUGCACGUUGCUAGGAGCCGUACAGCAGUCUCCAUGUAAUUUUUUAGGGAACAAGAGGAACCCUGUUUGGCGUCGAGAACACGACGUGGCGCGUGAUGGUCUAGGGGGGCAUUUCGCGUGGGCAUUGGGCCAACCGGACGUAGCAGAUGGCGACAGGCCCAGCGUCGGUGUCGAAGCCAGUGAAUGUAAGCUUGAGAUCGACGUGGUGUGCGGAGAGCGUGUUGUAGGCUCGGCCAAAGUAGCUCUAGAGGAUUUAUUGCUUUCUUCUAAAGGUUGUGCCUUCGAGGAAGAAGCGUCCGACGGGAGUGGAUCGAAGGUGAUUCGACUGGGUCCACAUUGGCUUCCACUAACUGGAAAUGCCGCCGGUUUGUUGCAGAUUUCGCUCGAAUUUGCACCCGUUCCAGCAAGAAAUAGCGAUCUUGUGAGCGUUCGAAGCUCUAGCGUCAUGCUGCUAGACAAUGACUCGGAUGAUACGUCGCAGCCCAGCGCUGAGUUUGCUGAUAUCAUCUCGCGCCAACGUAAGGCUCGCUUUCAGCCCCGCGAUCUUGUGCAGACCUGUCGAGAUGUCCCUUGGCAUGAUCAAUGUGACGCCUCGCCCCAACCGAGCGAGAGUUACUCGAAUAAAGUUAUCGUGUCAAGAAGUGGAGGGGUCACAAUGUAUAUUCCAACUCAAGGAGAGAGCACGCCCCCCAAGGCAAAGAGCGUUGGUAGCCCCCCACUAGCCCCAACACCUCCCACGGGAUCUUUCGGUCUACGUUCCGGUGGCGACCAGGAGCAACUGAUGGACAAGCAGCUCUGGGAUUUGUACUACUUUGGCAUUUCGGACGAAGCUCCCGAGGCCAGAGACGCGGAUGGAUUUACACAGACGACGAGCACGGGGUCGGACUUCUCAAACGAGUUUCCAGACCUCGCCAGCCGCUCGGGAGCCUCGGUAUACAGUCGCCAUGCCAGUACCUGCGCUAGUGACGUAUUGGCGUACAACGAACUCAUUCAGGACAUGGAGAGUGCUCUCAAGUCUAUGAAGGAGAGCACACCCGCACCUAGCACAUCUUCCAAUCAGGAGAAUGAAGCUCAACCUCAAACGGAGACUAAAAGUCCGAUUUCGUCUCCGCCCAAGCUCCGCCUUAAGCUUCGUCGGUUGAGCAAGCCAACACUAAAUCUCAGCCAUCCUCUCGACCGCAUCCAGUCUCUGUGGCAUGAGGCUAAGAAUCGAGCAAGCAACAGCAGUAAUGGGAGCAACUCUCCAAAAGACCGCAGUCCCCAAAGAAACGACGAUAGCAGUCCACGUAGCAACAUUGCCAGUCCAGUAACAUCUCGUCCGCGAUCUUCUCCAACAAAAGGAGAGGGAAUCGUCCUCUUCGAUCCCCAAAAUCUGCCACUUCCAAUCACUUAUCAACGUUCAACCUCCCGUGACCAGGCACUACAAACAGCAACCAAAGCCGAACGUGAUCGACUAGUAGCGGCGGCUGGACCAAGACGUCGGUCGCUUCCGGUAAAUACUUUUUCCUUGCAAUACCGACAGGAGAUGCUACUACAACAGCAGCGAAAACGUGCGCAGAGACAGCAACCAGAAACUCAAAUCAGACUGCAACCUUCUCUACUGGCGAGUGUGGAUCCUCCUCUAGUCAGUCGUGCUCGGAGCGAGUCACUCCACUCGCUAACAGAUGUGUAUCUUCCGAAGACUGGGGAUAUGCACGGCGUACAGCCCCGCAAUACGAGGAGCGCCGACACGGGCAACAGCGCGUCGCCAUUCAGGCAGUAA